CAUCGAAUGCAUGCGGGUGCGGGCAUUGCCUGCUGGUAUGUACUCUACAUAAUAAUCCGCUCCACAACUCCACAAACUCCACUCGUUGCUCGUUGCUCGUUCUGCCCUACCUACCAAAGGUACCGUACCUACCAUCUGUACGUACUCUACCUAGAGUACACGCCUACGUUGUCAUCACGUCGCUCGAGCUUUGGAACGAUGCUUACUCUACCUAUGUUGGAAGGGCAGCCAGCCAACCAGACUUUACUUUAGACUUGUUUUCUUCUUUCUUUUAUUAUUUCUUCUUUUUUCUCUUUCGGUAGAAGUUUCGGUACCUAGAGCAGCGGAACCGUGCUUUUUCCUUUUUUCCUUUUUUCCUUCACUUUCCCUCCCUCCUGUGUUUCUUUGCUUUGUCCGCCUGUGCAGUGUGCGCCGGCGGUUCCGUUGCGAGACGGCGCGCGCGAUGUGUGGUGGUGGUGGUGCCGUGGUG